CGAUUGGGUAUCCAGAAUCUGUCGGAUUUUAUUUUCCAACCAUUCAUUAUUCAAUGGUCAAGGUGACUGAGGCCAAUGAUCAAAGGAUUAAAAGAUUCUAAUUAAGGAGUCUCUAUCUUUUACUUAUCCCCUGUUCAAGAUGAGGACAGUCAUAUAAACAGUUUGGAUGAUUGAAGAUGAACUACAUCCAAUGGUACAGUAAAAAAGAUGGGCGGGAAUCUCUAUACAAUUUCAAAUGGAGAUUUUAAAAAAUCACUUUUGAAAUACAUCUUCAAUUUGGGCAAACUUGCUUUGAACGGAAGAUGGGUAUCGAUCGACCGGCCCUUUGCCAUUUCUACGAAGAUUAAAAAAAGAAAAAAUAAAAUAAAAAAUGAACCACUUAGGGCUUUAAACACGUCUUCAUUAAGCUUUUGACAUCAUUAGAAAACCAAUUUCUCAUCUAACAUAGAAAUAAUAAUAAUAAUUACAAUACAUGAUUUAAUAUCAUCCAUUCCUCAACCAACCCCAAGCUGAAUCUUUCCCUCAAACAUCCAAACAAGUCCUCUCUCUCUCUCUCUCUCUCUCUCUCUCUCUCUCUCUCUCAGCAUUCAAACAUGGCUAUCUGUGAUCCAAGAACUCAUCUCCAAUCUCCAAAAUCUCUCUUCUCUCGCUUUCAAUCAUCCAUCAUCUUGUUCGUCUAUCUUCUCCCCUUCGCUACACCAAUUUCCUUCAAUUUCUCUGAGUUCGGACCAAACACUCAGAACAUAACAUACCAAGGCGACGCGUUUCCCUCUAACCGAGUCAUACAACUCACCAAAAACCAACGUGAUGUGCCACUCAACAGUAGCGUUGGUCGAUCCAUAUAUGCCCAUCCAGUGCACCUUUGGGACUCGGCCACCGGAUCCGUCACCGACUUCAUGACCCACUUCUCCUUCAUCAUCAAUGCCCUCGAUGCAUCAAACUACGGUGAUGGCCUUGCUUUCUUCCUAGUCCCCAGUGGUUCCGACCUCCCUACUGAAUCAUCUGGGGGGAACCUUGGCCUAUUUAGUGGAAAUUCCACUUCCAAUUCAUCGCAAAAUAACAUCGUCGCAGUUGAGUUUGACAGUUUUAAAAAUGGCUGGGACCCAAGUGAUAAUCAUGUGGGCAUCAACGUCAAUUCCAUCUUGUCUGUGGCGAAUGUGACAUGGAAGAGCAGUAUCAAGAACGGUUCCACCGCGAAUGCAUGGGUUAGUUACAACGCUUCUACUAAAAAUUUAAGUGUCUUUUUAACUUAUGCUCAAAAUCCGAUUUUCGGUGGAAAUUCUAGCCUUUGGUAUGUUGUUGAUUUGAAGGAGAUAUUACCUGAGUGGAUUGACGUCGGGUUCUCGGCUGCAACAGGCAAGUUCGUCGAGAUACAUAACAUUCUUUCAUGGGAAUUCACUUCAAGUUUGGAGAUUGGUGUGGGGGGAAAGAAACAGAAGAAGAUAGGAUUGGUGGUAGGUUUGCCUGUUGGUGUUAGUGUUUUGAUUUGUAGUUUGGGUUUGGUUUGGUUUGUGAUGUUUAUCAAGAAGAGAAGAGGGAGAAUUGAGGAGGAUUUGGUCUUUGAUGUAUCCAUGAAUGAUGAAUUUGAGAAGGGAACUGGGCCAAAGAGGUUUUCUUAUAAGGAACUAGCUUUAGCUACAAACAACUUCACAGAAGACGGGAAGCUUGGGGAAGGAGGAUUUGGAGGGGUUUACAAAGGAUUUUUUAGUCAAUUAAACAUGAACGUUGCCGUUAAGCGGGUUUCAAGAGGAUCUCAGCAAGGUAAGAAGGAAUAUGCAUCUGAGGUGAAGAUUAUAAGCCGGUUGCGACACAGGAAUCUGGUGCAACUCAUCGGUUGGUGCCACGAACGCGGCGAAUUACUUCUUGUCUAUGAGCUCAUGCCUAAUGGGAGCCUUGAUUCCCAUCUCUUUUGUGGGAAGACCUUGCUAACAUGGGGUGUUCGUUACAAAAUUGCUCAUGGGCUGGCGACUGCAUUGCUCUACCUUCAUGAAGAGUGGGAGCAAUGUGUUGUGCAUAGGGAUAUCAAAUCCAGCAAUGUGAUGUUGGAUUCAGGUUUCAAUGCAAAGCUUGGAGAUUUCGGGCUGGCGAGACUUGUAGACCAUGAGCUAGGUUCGCAGACAACCGUGCUAGCUGGGACCAUGGGCUACCUGGCACCUGAAUGUGUUACAACAGGCAAGGCUAGUAAAGAGUCGGACGUCUAUAGCUUCGGCAUCGUUGCCUUAGAAAUUGCAUGUGGGAGAAGGCCUGUUGAAUUGAGAGCGGAACCAAUUAAGGUAAGAAUGGUGGAGUGGGUGUGGGAUCUCUAUGGAAGAGGAAGGCUUCUUGAAGCUGCUGACCAGAGACUAAGUAUGGAAUUCGAAGAGAAACAGAUGGAAUGCUUGAUGGUGGUGGGGCUAUGGUGUGCCCACCCUGAUUUCAAUUUCAGGCCGUCAAUUAAACAAGUGAUCAAUGUCCUUAAUUUCGAAGCCCCGCUUCCAAGCCUUCCAUCACAGAUGCCGGUGCCUAUGUAUUUCGCACCUCCCAUGAAUAUGUGUAGAUUUUCUUAUGCAUCGUCCGGCGUUGUUACAAAUUCUGAGAGAGACCCAAGUCGAUGUUCAUGUAGUAGUUGCACUACGUAUUCAUCGAAAUGGAAUGUCUCCACAGGUUCUCCCUCUACAGCUCUCUUGAAAUAA